AUGAAGGCAAUAGAAAAUGGUUUACAUGAAAUCCACGAACCUUUACUUAGUGCUGGUGCAUCUUCUUCUGAUUCAGCAACCAGUCUCAAUAUUCAAAAGGGUGCAGAUUUGAUUAAAGAACUACACAUACAGAAAAGUAUGAAGAAAAAACCAUUUGCAAAAAUUACUGUAGUAUCUGUGGAUUCUCCAGCUCAACAAGCUGGCCUCAUUGUUGGUGAUGUUAUUACAGAAUUUGGUUCUCUUCAUUUUGAUAAUUUCACAUCACUUCAUCAGAUUGGACAGAUUGUUAGUAAUAGUGUUGGCAAAAAUGUUGUAGUGGUUGUACUCCGACACGGGGCACCUAUGAAACUAAAUUUAGUACCUCAAAAAUGGCACCUUAUUCGAACACAAUAA